AUGGUCCAAGGACGCAUCUGCAGAGCAGACGUCUCAAUUCCUCAUGUACUCCACGAAGAAAACGCCUUCCAUACUGUCAAACAGGAAGUGCGAUUCAUUGAGAUCCCUGCACCAUGA